GCGAAGUUGAAUUUGAGCAUGCGACACGUGAAUGUCAGGUGCAGAACCCAUGUGGCGUCAGCGUCAAUGGCCUUCAUCGUUUACCUCCUCCCGUCAUGGCAACUCCGCGGCAAACACCCUCUUCCUCCUCCACAGCACUCAUACAGACCAAGUAUGCAGCCGCUGAGCGCUCUUUGAACCGCCAAAUCGUUCUUGAAGAAGACGAGUACACCGCCGCGCUUUCCCACAUCAUCGCCCGCGACUUCUUCCCCUCCCUCCACCACCUCGAUGCGACAAACGAUUGGCUCUCCGCCGUAGAAUCCGGCGAUGAAACUCGAAUACAGAACACCGUUCGGCGCCUCGAGGACCUCAGCGCCACCCCAUUCACCGGCGCGACCCCGCGAUACCGCCCGGGCGACGUCGAGGACACCCCGCGGCCCGCCAAGCGCGCGCGCCUCGAGCGCGACGAGCAGGCGAAGGGGCUGAAUUUGAGUCUGGACGAGUUCCAAGCAAGGUUCACGUCGGAGGAUAACUCAAGCUUUACGCGGAUUCUGGACGACGAGAACGAGAAGCGGAGGGAGGCGCAUGGGUGGGCGUUCGAGGCGCAGCGGAAGGCGGUGAAGGCGAUUGAGGAUGGGUAUCGGAAGCGGCAACUGCUGUUGGAGGGGAAGGCGACGGAGGCGGAGGGGAUCGAGGGCGCGGGCGUGCGGGGGAAGCUGAGGAUUGAGUACCCCGAUGCCACGGUGCGCGGCCUGAUCGAGGGAAAGAAGGCCGAGGAUGGAGGAAAGGCGGUUGCAGAGGAAGAUAAGGAGGGCGAUGCUAAGGAGCAGGAGCAAGCGUUGGCCCUGACACUCGCAAAGUAUGGCGAGAGCGAGGGCGAUCACGACGAGAAGGUCCUUACGCAGAAGAAGGAUGAGCGAGAUCCCGGCGUGCAAGCAUGGAGGUUCAAGGCGCGAAACCAGCUCAUGUUUCCUCCGGAUGCGGACGAGAGCCCAUACCAUCCCAAGCCUACCGAGCCGAAACCGAAGGAGAGGGUCAUAAAGCAUACCAAUACGCGUUUACCAGAGCAAGAGGAGGCCGAGAAGUCGAGAUCCGAGCCACCCAGCCCUACACGAAGUCGCAUAGACGCCGCCAUUAUGGGUACUGCAUAUAGUAACACCUCUCUCAACUCGUCCGACUCCUUCAACCUCGUCCCCAACCUUCCUACUCCAACUCCUGAUCAACUUGGCUCGGCACGCAUGAAAGAGCUCAUGACCUGGGGCACUCUUGCUGGUACACCACGUAUCCUCUCCUCCGACGCCAUCGACGAACCGCCCACCCCGUUUCGCAUCGCCGAACCCACGCAGCGCGAGGUCAUUUCGCGCAAGCUCAGCCAGAGCGCCAGCAAGAGCAUCCGCGAGCGCGACGGGAUCAUGCGCGGGGUCAAGAAGGAGGCUAUGCCGCCGCCGAGCUGGACGACCCGAAGAGAGCGCGAGGGGAACUUGACGCCUGCGGCGCGAAGGUUGUUGGAUCGGACGGUUGGCGCGCAGAGGCGGGCAGAUGCGAUGGAGCGAGAAAGUGGGUGGAAUAGGGCGAAGCAGAAGGAUAUCGCUUCGAUGCGGUGGACACCGACUCCUGGACGUGGAUGAACUCGUGCAACUACUCAUAGCCAGCUGUCAGUAUAUGAGAAUUUUGCACAUGCUAUAUAUAUCUACGGAGGACACCCAGACUAUAUGCACGAUUCAGAAG